AUGUAUGUUUUCACGGGUUCUAAAGCAUCACAGAUCGCCAUAACAACGUUGCAGUGCUUUUUGGUCAUCUUGAACAUCGGCGGGAACUCGCUGGUGUGCGCAGUUAUAAUAAAAAACCAAGACAUGAGGUAUGUGUGCCUUGAGACCUGCAAACAGCUUUCUUCGUUAAACCACUGUGACCACUGACUUGGUAGGGUGUGCCGCUGGGGCGUUCAACUGAAACUGGCAAAAACCAUUCUGAUUUUGCUACCCUGAGACGCAGCGACUGUUAUUUAUGACCCUUAUUCGUUUCAUUUCGCUUACCGAAUUAAGUAUUUUUUAAAUUAACAUGGUAGAUUUUUAAAAAGCGUUGGUACCACGUUGGUACGGUAAAUGUAAACUGCGCGGUCUGCCAAAGUUGACCCUGCACUGUUCAAGGGCCUUCGUUCUCAAAGACAUCCUGUCAAUAGUAAAAGUAUAUACCCUGUUCAACCAUGUUCCCAGGGUUCUCUCCUACGACGAGUAGGAGAGACCCCUGGGAACAGGGUUGUACCCUGUUUAAACUGUCGUUUAAAGCUGUUUCAGCGACACAUAUCGGCAGAUCAACGGGUACCACACACAGAGAAAAAAAGAACAUUUGUGUCCGAGUCGACAAAUAUCUUUCACGAAUAAUGUCUUUAUCUUUCUCCUGCCGAUAUUUAAAGGAUAUUGAUACCAUGAACAGACUUUAUUGUAGUCUUGUGAGACCUUUAUUAGAAUAUUCAUGCGAAAGUUGGAACCCUCAUACUAAAUGUAACAUUGAUAAAUUGGAGGCUGUUCAGCGAAGAGCUACCAGAUGGAUCACUAGGUCUGAUGAUGAUUAUGAUACUAGACUAUCUAAGCUAAAAUUGUUGUCAUUAUCUAUUAGGAGGUUCACGAGAGGUGUUACAUUUUUUUUAAUGUAAUUAAUGGACAUUAUGAUAUUGACAUUUCAAAUAAGCUAAUAUUUUGUAAGGACAGAAAUACAGGUUAUAACUUGAGGAAAAGUGACACACAGGACCUUGUUCCAAAUUUUAGUAGAACUGAUGGUUUUAAAUAUAGUUUUUUUAACCGUGUUGUAGAUGAAUGGAAUGGUUUACCCAGUCAUAUUAGAGAAUCAAACAGCAUUGCAACUUUUAAAAGAAAUGUUUUAAGCUUUACUAAGAAUAACUAGAACAUUUAUAUUUCUAUUUGUAUAUAUUUUUCUUAUAUUUUAAUUAGUGGGGACAUCCCUAGUAUGGCGCAUUGGCGCUUUUGGUUGUCUCCCUCUCCACAACUUUUUUUUUCUUAUAGUAGUGUUAGCUUAUUUCAUUUCAUUAUUUGCUUGUAAUGUAGUGGAGUGAAUCUGUAAUAAAUCUGUAAUAAAUAAAUUUAUUUCACUUAUUUCCCCCAGAACUUCAAUUAACUUCCUUCUCAUGAACUUAGCUGUUGCCGACAUGACCGCUGCCACGUUCUUUCUACCACAAUUCAUUUUUCUCAGCUCGCCUUCUCACCCAGAUGAAGAGUCUGGCACGAUAUUAUGCCGAUUGGUGACGGGGGCAGCCUUGGCUUAUAUCGGAGCUGUUGCUUCGGUUGUCACAUUGGUUGCCAUAGCAACUGAACGUUACUAUGCAGUGGUGCAUCCCUAUGAGAACAUAGGAAAGCUUACUGAUCGCAAAAUGAAGGUGCGUUUAGGGAAUGUCGUACGUCUACGUACGGCACUACGUACAGGGACCUUACGAAACUACGACGGCGACGUCAAUGAAAACCUCGCUGAAAAAAAGACUCCGAAAAUCGAUGGAGACAAGUUACAAAUAUUUGAAAAAUCGAUCUUUCUUGACCUUGAAUCUUCGACGACUGAUUCAGACUUCGUGUCAUAUCUCACCCUGUUCUACUUCGAUCUUCUAAUUCUUCGAAUUCGGAAGUAUUCGUGGAUGUUUGGCUUUCCCUGAACAAGUCCAUCGGUGAAUUCUCAAUGGUCUAUGAAUGCUCUGAUGAGCACAUAUGAUCUAUAAUCACGACUUUGAUUUAUAAAUAUUUCAACUCCAUAAAGUUUAUUUAGAUAUUUCGGAUGGGCUUCUCGCUUUCUGUUAAUAAUUCACGCGUGUCCCUUCGCGUGUCUUACUAAAAAAUGGUAUCUAAUGCGCAUGUGCAUCAGCUGUUUUCUUGUUUUUCUUCUUUAGGUGAUCGUAACUUGCUCUUGGAUCGUUGGAGUGAUUUUAAACAUUCCAACCUUAAUGUUUGGUGAUUAUGACGAGAAAGAAGGUAAAUGCUUCGACGUUCACCCUGAAGAGUGGAUGGAGAAGGCCUAUUCUGUGAUUUGGUCUCUUUUCACGGCAAUUUUACCUGUUUCUUUCAUGACUACGUUAUAUUCACGUGUCGCGUACACUUUGUGGUUCAAACGUGCAGUGCAUGAUGGAAGAGAGAUCUCUCUACAACAGGUUUGAACAAACAUUCUUCUGCACCUUAAGCCGGUACCGUUUUUACUCGUAGGACCGUUGCAGCGCAAAAAUUUUCCGACUUGUCGAAGUGGCGCUCAUGUAAUUUUCACUAGCCUUGAUCAUGUGCGCUGGAGUUAACCCUAACCCUAGGGUUACUCUAAUUAACUGCCUGAAACUAGAGAAAAAGCAGGUCCGCUCUAUUUAUGAAGCGCUUUUAUUGGGGUUGACAGCCUCGUAUAUAUACAGGGUCAGAAAGGGGGGUUUAAUCCCCACUUCCCGGUCCUUUUUCACGACAAUCGGGCAUCCUAAACUGCUGUCAUGAUCUCCAAGAUUUUGGUGAAUCCCGCUUUAAGAGUGGCGUCCAAAUCCGGUCAACAUCAGAAAUUUUGCGUUUUCCCGAAUCCCGCAAAUUCCCGAUCCCGAGAGUACCUUUCCAGACCCUGUAUACAGCUAACAAUACAGGUGCUUAAAUUCACCACUCUUUCACUUAUUCUUCCACAGGGCGUGCUGAGGGUACGAAAGCGAGUCACCUUGAUGGUUAUCACUGUUAGUGUCAUCUUUGGAGUAUGCUGGCUUGCUGACACGAUUAGCUUCAUCCUAACCUCUUUUUCCUCUCACCAUACCAGCAGUGAUAUAUCAUAUAUAGCCACUGGCACGUUGAUCUUGUUCAACUCGGCUAUUAACCCAAUUGUAUAUGCUUUAGUUAAUCAGAAAUUCAGGGCCAAGAUCAAGUCAACUGUCAGCUGCCCUUGC